AUGUUGACUUCAGUCAAAAUUCUGUUGAUUUCAAUUUUGUUUAGUUUACUACUAUUUGGAAGUCAUGGAGAAGAAGGUCGAGAAAUAAACACAACACAAAACAUUGCAGAAGACUUAAAAACAAGGGAAAAUCAAUCUAUUCCUUUGGAAAGUGAAGCAAAUUCAACCUCAGAUAAAAAAAAUAGAGAAACCUCCCAUCCCAAGGCAACUAAUUUCUCUUUUGGGGAUCCAUCAAAUAAAACCCAUGGAACAGAUUUCUACCAUAAUUUGUCAACAGACAACUCUUCCCGUCUCAAACUCAUGCCCACACUUUCCCCAAGUCCUCCUUUGAGCCACAGCUUUGUUUCUAAAUUGCCUUGGAACUCAUCCGUAGCAGAUGAAAAUCCUCUGCCAGUCUCAGCACCUCCCAAUACUACAGCUAUUGUAUCUUCCGAAAACUUCACUCGGUCUUCGGUCAAUGAUACCAUGAAAGCUCCUGACAACAGUUCCAUUACAGUUAGCAACCUCCCUUCAGGAUCAAGCACCAUAUCUGUGACCCCCAUGAUAAAGGAAACAGAUGGAUGGCCUACCAUGACAGGAGAUAGCUUGGCGGGGUUUACUGCCUAUCAAGAAACAACUUCAUAUCCCACCUUGAAAUUCACCAAUAAUUCAAAAAUCUUUCCAGAUACAUCAGACCCCCAAGAAGAGAACAGAAAUACAGGAGUGGUAUUUGGGGCCAUUUUAGGUGCUAUUCUGGGAGCUUCACUGCUUAGUCUUGUUGGCUACUUGCUGUGUGGAAAAAGGAAAACAGACUCAUUUUCCCAUCGGCGACUUUAUGACGACAGAAAUGAACCAGACAUUCCUGGAAUAAGAACAUACCUACAUCAUCAUCUUGCUGGAGGAAAGCUCAGUUUUAAAAGACGUGCCAAAUGCCACAAAUUUCACAAAAACUUUUCAAAUCUUCUUCUGUUCCUUCUUGCCCCAAGGCCCCAACUAGAACUGCUCAUUUUUCUCUUCCAAACUGCAUCAUAUUUUCCCCCUUUUUCUCCCUCUUUUCUUUUCUUUUCCCUCUCUUCCUCCCUUGUCCUCUCUCUUCGUCUUUUCCUUCCUUGCAUUUUUUCUUUGAAUGGCUCCUUUUAUUUUUCUGAAUUUAGAAAAAAUUCUCCUAGGGCCAUGUUCUCUUAA